AUGUCUAAUAAUAAAAAUGAAGAAGCAGAAACUAGUAAAGACCUAUGCGUAACGUCUAAUAGUAAUAGAGCAUGUCAAUUUAUAUUUUAUGAACCACGAAAACAUCAGAGCGAGCAAAGACGUAGGUCUGAAGAGGAAGAGAAACGUUUUAUGAGCAAAUUUAAAGUUGAUAUUAAAAAUCCAGAAGAAGCACGCUUUAAUGCUAAUCAACAAGAAGGAAAAAUGAUUACAUUCCCUCAAUCCUCAAAUACAGAGGCAACUUUAUCCAUUUCUUUAGAAACGAACACAAGGAAAACAGACUCACCAUCUGCAGAAUUGGUAUUUGCAGAAUCAGUAUUUAACCCAGUUUCUACCAGUGACGAAUUUGUUCCAUCCCAAAAUAAUGUAUCAACUAUGCCACCUAUGUAUCAAGUUAAUAAUCUCUUCAACUUUGUUUCUCAUUCUGGGCAAAUUUAUGAAGACAGUCAUUUAUUUUUACCAGAAGAUUACUAUAGCGAUAACGUCAUGUCUAAUCAAUUGGUGUAUGAAGACGGCCAGUUACUAUUGCCAGAAGAUUAUUAUAACAAUAACUUCAUGUAUAUAUUAUGA